CCUGCAUCCUUGCCUGCCUGCCUGCAUCCUUGCUUGCCUGCACCCCUGCCUGCCCAGGGAGGGCUUGUGCAGCUCCCCGUCCUGCACUGGACCUGGGGGUUUGCGCCUCUGGCUGGAGCUUUGCAGACCCUUUCCCCGGGCGAGGGCCAGCACCAGCAGGGCAGGGGAGCGGAGCCGGCUCUUCCCUGGGAAUCCAAGGGGCCAGGCUGGGCUGGUCCCCGGCUGGGACCCCCCCUCUGCCCCGCGUCCCACCACCGGCACUCGGAGCCGCCCGUGAGCCGCGAUUGCCGAGCACAGGAAGAAAGCCGGGGCUCGCACGCUCGCAAAUGAACCCUGCGGCACGCACGGGACUGAGGAAGAGUCACCGACUUCCUCCCCUGCCGAGGCGCCGGCUCGGAGAUGCUCGCUGGUGGCCUCGCUGCAGAGGCUGGUGGGUGCGACCCCGUGCCGGAGGCGUGGUGACCGACCGACCAGAGCUCCCGCUUCGGUUCCCCUGCUGUGCUCGGGGCUGGCCCCCACACCCGGAGGAGAUGUCGGCCAGCCGGCACCGCUGGAGCCUCGGCUCCCUCCUGCUGCUCCUGGGGGGAAGCCUGGCUGUCCUCGUCCAAAUCCAUCAGGAUUCACUCAACGGCACCGUGGGGCAGUCCGUGCUCCUGCCCGUCUCCUACACGGUUGAUGCUGCCUCUCGCUUCCCGGUGUCGAUUCACUGGAAGUUCCAUAACUCCUCGAACACGAUCAUCACCUGUGCAGUGUUUCAUUGCUCCCUGGGUCCCGGGGGAGCUCCCAGGAACUGCUCUGCAUCCUGUUUCCCCAAACACACGUACCGUGGCCGUGCUGAGCUCUUCCCCGAGAACGGCUCCCUGCUGCUGCGGCACCUGAAGCUCAGUGACAGCGGGGUUUACAGUGUCACCUUCGGACCAUCAUCCCAAACCUGGCACAUCUUCCUGGCCGUGUACGAGCAGUGUUUCCCCCCUGAGUGUCUAGAUCCACCGAACACUGAGAAGCCAGAGCACGUCUAUUACUGGGCAAUUGGAACUUGUUCUUCAGUCGCCCUCCUGCUGUUCCUGCUCUUCUGCUGCCUACGGCGCCGGGGUGCAGCUCAGCAGAAGAAGAGGAGAAUCACUAAACAGCAGGUCUCCAGUGUGGAGGAGCCCCACAUGGGAAGCACUGCGGCGAGGGACAUGGCAACCAUUUAUGCCAGAAUUGGAGACAGGUUUGAAGAGCCACAGCCCAGACCGCCAUCGGAGGUCGUGUACACAUCCAUAACCGAGCCUGGGCCACCAGCACUGGACACGGGGCUCUACCAUCUCCUGGUUUGACUGUGGGAGCUGCCUCAAGCGGGAGCUUUGCGGAAGGCAGUCGUGCCCCAAAGCGAAGAGGAUGUUUUUGUUGCUGAUGCUGCACCCUGGGCGCUCCCCCUCCUGAGCCCGGGCCAUGAGGGAUUUGGAGCCACGGCACACAGAAAUGCAUUAGUUUGACUCGAACUGCAGACUCUCUGGAAUUCGAGGGGUGAGCUGGUUUUAGUGUCUCCUUGAGACUUUGUGAGAGUACAAAGACACCCGGCGAAGGAGAAAGAUGCCUAAGGCAAAGGCAAGCCAACAGCUCGUCCCUGGGAAGCUUGCUUCCAUGGACUCGCCUUCGCUUGAGGGGUAACGGAGAGCAUUACGUGGAUUUUCAUUGUGUGUCCCCCAUUCACUACCAAUAGUCUUGUCAUAUUAAAAGGCUAUAAGA